GGCAGUAUGUUUGCUUUCAAGAUGACGGUCCUGGAGGGGGCACAGGAGAGACAUCCAGUCGACUUUCAAGGGAACAGGCUUUCGUACUGGUGUCCGCGGCUUCAAUGAACUUAGGCUGCAUGAUGACCUAUUCCAUCCUUGGACCGUUUUUCCCUAAGGAGGCAGAAAAGAAGGGGGCCAGCAACACCAUGAUUGGGAUGAUAUUUGGAUGUUAUGCUUUAUUUGAGUUGCUGGCAUCUUUGGUGUUUGGGAAACAUCUUGUUUACAUUGGAGCCAAAUUUAUGUUUAUAGCAGGAAUGUUUAUCUCAGGAGGAGUUACCAUUCUUUUUGGUGUCUUGGAUCAGCUUCCAGAAGGACCCAUAUUUAUUACCAUGUGCUUUCUGGUGAGAAUAGUAGAUGCCAUAGGCUUUGGCGCAGCCAUAACGGCAUCGUCUUCCAUCCUCGCAAAAGCUUUCCCAAAUAAUGUGGCUACAGUCAUGGGAAGUCUUGAAGUCUUCUCUGGACUGGGGCUGGUGGCAGGCCCCCCUCUAGGGGGUGUGCUGUACCAGUCCUUUGGCUAUGAAGUGCCUUUUAUUCUUCUGGGGUGCACGGUCCUGCUGCUGAUACCACUCAACCUAUGUAUUUUGCCAAGUUACGAGUCUGAUCCAAGCCAACAGUCCUUCUGGAAACUCAUCACCUUGCCCAAGGUGGGCCUCACAGCCUUCGUCAUCAUCUCACUCAGCUCCUGCUUUGGUUUCCUUGAUCCAAACCUGUCUCUCUUUGUCAUGAAGAAGUUUGGUUUGUCAGCUGGAUACGUGGGACUGGUCUUCCUGGGUCUGUCGCUGUCCUACACCAUUUCUUCGCCGCUGUUUGGUCUACUCAGUGAUAAGAUGCCUAAUCUGCGGAAAUGGUUUCUGGUUUUUGGAAAUUUAAUUACAGCUGGGUGCUACAUGCUCUUAGGACCCAUACCCGUUCUUCACAUUAAAAGUCAGCUCUGGCUCCUGGUGCUGGUGCUGCUUGUGAAUGGCAUCUCUGCAGGAAUGAGCAUCAUCCCGACGUUUCCCGAGAUGCUCAGCUGUGCGUAUGAAAAUGGGUUUGAAGAGGGAAUAGGCACACUGGGACUCGUAUCUGGUCUUGUUGGUGCCAUGUGGUCCAUUGGUGCUUUCCUGGGACCAACACUGGGCGGAUUUCUGUGUGAGAAAAUUGGUUUCGAGUGGGCAGCAGCUAUCCAAGGCCUAUGGACUCUGAUAAGUGGACUUGUGAUGGGCUUAUUUUACCUCCGGGAGCACUCCAAGACUAGAAGAAGAUCUAAAGCACAAAACAUCGUUGGCACAGAGGAGGAACAAGCUGUUCUCUUGCCUAAUGACUCCUAGCUUUGCAAGGCCUGGGGCAGGAGCAACUGCUGGCUGGAGGAGCUUCCUGUGUGCCACCCAGAGCUUCCUGUACUCGCAUCCUGGACUCCUCAGGCUGGUUUUAGAUAACACUGGCCCUGACUCCUGAGCUUAGUGUACUUCCAG